GAACCCACAAACCAUGAGAUGAAGACCUGAGCCAAAGCAGAUGCUUAACCAACUGAGGCACCCAGGUGCCCCUGGUCCUCCUUUUUUCCAUCUGGACAAAGAAGCCUGGACUGGACCUUUUCUACAGGCUGUGGUGAACAUUUGUGUCUCUGCCUGCCUAGUCUGCAUUCUGUCUUCAGCAGAAAUGCCUACCCCAGGCUCAGGCCCUAUGGAAAAGCCACCUUUAAUUCCAGGUGUGGAUGUGGGACACUGGCCUGGCCAAUCACAGCCACCAGCUCCCAAGUCACAGUGACUUGGGCUGAGCCGUGACCUGGUGAGAGGUCUCAUUCAAUAAUUUUGCUGGGAAGGCCGAGAAAGUCAUGGUCUUCCCACUAGGAUUGUUACACUAGGCAGAUGGAAGGCAAGACCAAGAACACUGCAUGGAGUCCUGGAUUCAACUGUACCCAACACUAGUAAAUCUUGAUUAUUCAGUUUCACUGGUCUCUAACUUGCUGUAUUUACCAAAAUUGCUUUGAGUCCAUGUAUGCCGACUGCAGAAAAGCCCACACUGACCCCUGUGAAUUUCAAGCCUGGAAGAUCACGGUCCGCCUGGUCCGUACGCUUCCAAGGCCUGCUGUGUGCCAGUGCCGUAGCCAGCACCAGACAUCAGGACGAUCAGAAUGGAGUUGUUUGAAGUAUAAUCCAGGCCAAGUUCGCUCCACCAAGCCUGGGACAAUGGGGAGGAAAAAAAUCCAGAUCUCUCGCAUUCUGGACCAAAGGAAUCGGCAGGUGACGUUCACCAAGCGGAAGUUCGGGCUGAUGAAGAAGGCCUAUGAGCUGAGCGUGCUCUGCGACUGUGAAAUCGCCCUCAUCAUCUUCAACAGCGCCAACCGCCUCUUCCAGUACGCCAGCACAGACAUGGACCGCGUGCUGCUCAAGUACACGGAGUACAGCGAGCCCCACGAGAGCCGCACCAACACCGACAUCCUCGAGACACUGAAACGGAGAGGUGUGGGCCUCGAUGGGCCAGAGCUGGAGCCGGACGAGGGGUCUGAGGGGCCAGGAGAGAAGCUGCGGAGGUUGGCAGGUGAUGGGGGUGACCCAGCCUUGCCCCGGCCCCGUCUCUAUCCAGCAGCCCCUACUAUGCCCAGCCCGGACAUGGUAUAUGGGGCCCUGCCCCCACCAGGCUGUGACCCCAGUGGGCUUGGGGAGGCCCUGCCGGCCCAGAGCCGCCCAUCCCCUUUCCGGCCAGCAGCCCCCAAAGCUGGGCCCCCAGGCCUGGCACACCCUCUCUUCUCACCAAGCCACCUUGCCAGCAAGACACCACCACCCCUGUACCUGGCAGCAGACGGGCGAAGGCCGGACUUGCCUGGUGGCCUGGCGGGGGCCCGAGGGGGACUGAGCACCUCAAGAGGCCUCUAUGGUAGCCUACAGAGUCCAUGCUCUGCCACAGCUCCGGGACCCCCACUCGGGAGUUUCCCCUUCCUCCCUGCGGGUCCCCCAGAAUAUGGCCUAGGCGACCCCCCUCCACCCCCUGGCCUGCUGCAGCCCCCAACCCUGGCCCCCUGGCAGCACACGAGGGGUGAUGGGCCCCCAGCCGCUCCUCCCCAGCCCAGUGGGGGUCGAAGCCUGGGUGAAGAGGGUACUCCCGCCCGCGGUGCCUCCCCGCCGACCCCCCCAGUCAGCAUCAAGUCUGAGCGCCUCUCGCCAGCCCCCGGGGGCCCCGGUGACUUUCCCAAGACUUUUCCCUACCCCUUGCUCCUGUCCCGGCCCCUGGCAGAGCCCCUACGGCCAGGCCCACCCUUGCGCCGGCUGCCCACUGCGGACGGCUGGGCCCGGUAGUGGACUCAGGGGUGGCACCGGCCCUUCUUCCCACGCGGGGCUGGGCUAGGGCACGUGGGGUCCCAACUCCUAUCCGCGUCCUCAGAAAAGACCCAGCAGUUACGACCCUCUGAAUUGAGGGCCUGGCGUUCGGAUCCACGGUCGGGGGGGCUCCUUUCUCCCUUUCCUGUGUGUAUAUCCACCAAUAAAACACUUCUGGUGUCUGUGGACAAAA